CGACAAAUCCCUUCUUUGUUUAGUGGUAGGGAAAGGCGUGCCUAAAUCGUUACAAUAUAAAAAACAAGUUGAACAGAAAUUUCUUCCAGAGCACUGGCUGUCCAAUAUGAGAGCACUGGUGUGGGGAUUUCUCUUUCUAGCAACGGCGCACGCGUGGGUCCUGCGGCAGCGACCACCGUCACUUCAAGUCUCUGUAUUGCCUCAACUGCAGCAAACGCCUCGGUCGGAUGCGGACAAAUGUGCGGACGAAACCACCACUCGUGAAACGUCCCGUAGGAAACUGUUGCAGACGUCCGCUGCGAUGGCGUGGUUGUCCGCGUGCGGAUCUCCGGCGUGGGCAUUGGACGAUUCCGAAAACAAGCGUAUCACCGUAUUCGAAAAGACGGCACCGUCCGUCGUUUUCAUCGACACCUUUACGGAACGGAGGGACGUCUUCAGUACCAACGUUAUGGAAGUACCUCUCGGAAGUGGAUCUGGCUUUGUAUGGGAUACGGAAGGACACAUUGUGACCAAUUUUCAUGUCGUCCGGAACGCCCAGUCGGCGCAAAUUGCUUUUUUAACCGACGGGAAAGAUAUAGCCAACCUUAGCCUGCCACCAGCAUCGGCGGCAAUCAAUAAUCCGUAUUCUUCAAUGCGUGGGUUCGGAAGCAUGUCGGCCAACGUCAAACGAUCCGUGUAUAAAGCGAGGGUGGUUGGUGUGGAUCCGGGAAAGGACAUUGCUAUUUUACGUGUCGAUGCCCCCAAAGAGAUCCUAGCGCCCAUGGCUUUGGGAACGAGUAAAGGACUUAAAGUGGGACAGUAUUCCAUGGCAAUCGGGAAUCCAUUUGGCUUGGAUCACACACUGACGGCAGGCAUUAUUUCUGGCAUUGGACGCGAAGUAAAGUCUCCCAUCGGUCGACCCAUUACGAACGUUAUUCAGACCGACGCCGCCAUCAAUCCAGGGAAUUCCGGCGGACCCCUGCUCGACUCAUCCGGCAAAUGCAUAGGCAUGAACACGGCGAUAUAUUCUCCGUCCGGUGCCUCGGCCGGUAUUGGUUUUGCAAUCCCAAUUGACACCGUGAAAUUUAUUGUCGAGACGCUCAUUCGGGAUGGCAGGGUGGUUCGACCAGUUUUGGGUAUUUCCUACCUCGAAUACAAACAAGCACGCGCUCUAGGGAUAAAUAGCGGUGUCUUGGUACUCGAAGCACCUGCCGGAAGCCCUCCUGCUCUCGCCGGUCUCAAAGGAACGCGACGAACCGAGUCUGGUUUGGUAGAAAUCGGUGACAUUAUAACGAAAGUGGGAGACAAGGUCAUAACCGUGGAGUCCGAUUUGUUUCAAGCUUUAGAAGAGUACAAGCCGGGUGAUGUCGUGGACGUGACCGUAAAUCGGGUUUCGGCAGUGAACGAUCAGCUAACAAUGUCGACGUUGAUACUACAAAUUCCAUUGCAAGCCAGUUCCGAUAUCGAAAAGUCCAUGGGCGUGUUUCAAUACCCUGUGCCUGUGCCAGUGCCAGUUCCAAGUCAAUAGAGAAAAGAGUACUAGACAACACAUAGGAUGCUUU